UCGUGAGAGAAGCCUAGGGAAUUUCGCCGGCCUAGCCUGAUUCGCAGUGUCUAGUGAUCUCGCCCGCGGUAUAUUACAAACCACCCCUCGUCGCGAAGGAUUCCGCUUAGGGCCGCCCAGAUCGUGCCGCCAGAAGUAGUCCGUCCGCCGCCGAAUUCUCCGAGAAACGAGAAUAAGAGCGAAGAAACGAAAUAACUAGCAAGUUCCUUCCCAUCGUGCGAUACGUGGGAAAACGACGACGUAGAAGGCACGUAGAAGACCUUCCCGGGAGCGAGAGGAGGAGACAAUUAGACAAAUAAAUUAUUCAAUCAUUCAAGUAGAAAGGAAAUAAUCGAAGAUGCCGCCGCCGAAGAAGUCACAGGAGGACGAGGAUCCAACCCCGUACCUUUUCGUCUCCCUUGAGCAGAAGAGAAUCGACCAGACGAAACCAUAUGACGCGAAGAAGGCGUGCUGGGUACCGGACGAGAAGGAAGGUUACCUUCUUGGUGAAAUCAAGGCAACCAAGGGUGAUGUUGUUUCCGUCACGUUACCUGGCGGCGAGACCAAGGACUUCAAGAAGGACCAACUGCAGCAAGUAAAUCCACCUAAAUACGAAAAAUGCGAGGAUAUGUCGAAUUUAACUUAUCUCAACGAUGCUUCGGUCCUUCACAAUUUGAAACAACGUUAUUACGCCAAACUCAUCUACACCUACUCUGGCCUCUUCUGUGUAGCUAUCAACCCCUACAGACGAUUCCCCGUAUACACUCACAGAUGCGCGAAACUUUAUCGAGGCAAAAGACGUAGCGAAGUGCCACCGCAUAUUUUCGCCAUCUCUGACGGUGCAUACGUCAAUAUGCUUACCAACAGUGAAAAUCAAUCCAUGUUGAUUACCGGUGAAUCUGGUGCCGGAAAAACUGAAAACACGAAGAAAGUAAUCGCGUACUUUGCCACCGUCGGUGCCUCGACCAAGAAAGCCGACGAUGCCAGUCAAAAGAAAGGCUCCCUGGAAGAUCAGGUCGUCCAGACCAAUCCCGUCUUGGAGGCGUUCGGUAAUGCCAAGACCGUCCGUAAUGACAACUCUUCGCGUUUCGGUAAAUUCAUCCGUAUUCACUUUGGACCCUCUGGGAAACUGGCUGGUGCCGAUAUCGAGACCUAUCUGCUGGAGAAGGCUCGUGUCAUCUCUCAACAGGCUCUGGAACGUUCUUAUCACAUCUUCUAUCAAAUGAUGUCGGGCUCGGUCUCUGGCUUGAAGGAAAUGUGCUGCCUCUCGAAUGACAUCCACGACUACUACUUCGUCUCUCAAGGCAAGACGACGAUUCCAAACGUCGACGACGGCGAGGAGUGUACUUUGACCGACCAAGCUUUCGACGUGCUGGGCUUCACCCAAGAGGAGAAGAACGAUAUUUACAAGAUCACCGCUGCUGUCAUGCACAUGGGUGGUAUGAAGUUCAAGCAAAGAGGUCGCGAGGAACAGGCAGAAGCCGACGGAACAGAGGAAGGUGAACGCGUCGCCAAGCUACUUGGAUGCGACUGUGCCGAUCUUUACAAGAACUUGCUGAAACCAAGGAUCAAAGUCGGUAACGAGUUCGUGACGCAAGGUCGUAACAAGGAUCAAGUAGCGUACUCGGUGGGUGCCAUGUCCAAGGCCAUGUUCGACAGACUGUUCAAAUGGUUAGUCAAAAAGUGUAACGAAACCUUGGACACGAAACAGAAGAGGCAACACUUCAUCGGUGUGCUGGAUAUCGCCGGUUUUGAGAUCUUCGACUUCAACAGCUUCGAGCAGCUGUGCAUCAACUUCACCAAUGAGAAGCUUCAACAGUUCUUCAAUCACCACAUGUUCGUCCUCGAACAAGAAGAGUAUACGAAGGAGGGCAUUGAGUGGGCAUUCAUAGACUUUGGCAUGGAUCUCCUCGCGUGUAUUGAAUUGAUCGAGAAGCCCAUGGGUAUCCUAUCGAUUCUUGAAGAAGAAUCUAUGUUCCCGAAAGCCACUGACAAGACCUUUGAGGAGAAAUUGAACAACAAUCAUCUUGGCAAGAGCCCCAACUACUUGAAACCAAAACCGCCGAAACCAGGCCAGCAAGCGGCCCACUUCGCUAUCGGCCAUUAUGCCGGAAACGUGCCAUACAACAUCACAGGCUGGCUAGAAAAGAACAAGGACCCGUUGAACGAUACGGUCGUCGAUCAAUUCAAGAAAUCAUCGAACAAACUGUUGAUUGAAAUCUUCGCUGAUCAUCCUGGACAAUCUGGUGAUGCCGGUGGUGGCGGCGGCGGUGGCAAAGGUGGACGUGGUAAAAAGGGUGGUGGCUUCUCAACGGUAUCAUCGUCCUACAGGGAACAACUGAACAACCUGAUGACCACUUUGAGAGCCACCCAGCCCCACUUCGUCCGUUGUAUCAUCCCCAACGAAUUGAAGCAGCCGGGUGUCAUCGAUUCCCAUCUUGUCAUGCAUCAACUGACUUGUAACGGUGUACUUGAAGGCAUCCGUAUUUGCCGUAAAGGAUUCCCCAACAGAAUGGUUUACCCUGACUUCAAACUACGGUACAAGAUUCUGGCGCCACAAGCGGUCGAGAAGGUGGGUAACGACCCGAAGAAAGCUGCGGCGGCGAUUUUGGAGGCAUCCGGCCUCGAAGCCGAUCAGUAUCGUCUUGGACAUACCAAGGUAUUCUUCCGUGCCGGAGUCCUGGGUCAGAUGGAAGAAUUCCGUGACGAGCGACUCAGCAAGAUCGUGUCUUGGAUGCAGGCGUACAUGCGAGGUUACCUAACCAGAAAAGAUUACAAGAAACUGCAGGAGCAACGUUUGGCUCUGGUCGUCGUGCAAAGAAACUUGAGGAAGUACCUGCAACUUCGUACUUGGCCAUGGUGGAAACUGUGGCAGAAAGUUAAACCUCUGCUCAACGUCACUCGCAUCGAAGAUGAGCUUGCCGCGCUCGAGGAGAAAGCGAGAAAAGCUCAGGAAGCGUUCGAGAGGGAAGAGAAGCUGCGCAAGGAACUCGAGGAGCAAAACACCAAACUCUCCGCCGAACGAAAUGCCCUGCAACGACAACUCGACGGCGAGAAGGGUUCCCUCUCGGAAUAUAUGGAGAAAUCCUUGAAACUGGCCGCCCAGAAAGCUGAUAUCGAGUCCCAACUUCAGGAUCUGAAUGACAGAUUCAAAGAAGAGGAAGAUGCCAGGAACAAUCUCUUCCAAAACAAGAAGAAACUGGAACAGGAAGUAGCAGGUCUAAAGAAAGACGUCGAGGAUCUCGAGCUGAACUUACAAAAGUCAGAGCAGGACAAGGCGACGAAGGACCACCAGAUCCGCAACUUGAACGACGAGAUUGCCCACCAAGACGAGCUGAUCAAUAAAUUGAACAAAGAGAAGAAGAAUCAGGGCGAGGUGAACCAAAAGACUGCCGAGGAACUUCAAGCUGCCGAAGAUAAAGUCAAUCACUUGAACAAGGUCAAAAUCAAGUUGGAGCACACACUCGACGAGUUGGAAGAUUCCCUGGAACGUGAAAAGAAAUCACGAGCCGACGUGGAGAAAGCCAAACGAAAGGUGGAAGGUGACUUGAAACUUACGCAGGAAGCCGUUGCGGAUCUCGAGAGGAACAAGAAGGAACUCGAACAGACCAUUCAACGCAAGGACAAGGAACUGUCGUCUUUGACCGCGAAACUCGAGGACGAACAGUCGUUGGUAGGCAAAUUGCAGAAGCAGAUCAAGGAAUUACAGGCCCGUAUCGAAGAGCUGGAGGAAGAGAUCGAGGCUGAGCGUGGCUCUCGCGUGAAAGCUGAGAAACAGCGCAGCGACUUGGCACGUGAGCUCGAGGAGCUCGGCGAACGCCUGGAGGAAGCCGGCGGUGCCACUUCCGCCCAGAUCGAACUCAACAAGAAGAGAGAAGCGGAACUUAGCAAACUGCGCAGGGAUCUCGAGGAAGCCAACAUCCAACACGAAUCCACUCUUGCCAGCUUACGCAAGAAGCACAAUGACGCCGUUGCCGAAAUGGGAGAACAAAUUGACACGCUUAAUAAACUCAAGGCCAGGGUUGAAAAGGACAAGGUUCAAUACUUCAGCGAAUUGAACGACACGCGCGCAACGGUAGACCAAUUGAGCAACGAGAAGGCUGCCCAAGAGAAGAUCGUGAAACAAUUGCAACACCAAUUGAACGAGACCCAAGGAAAACUGGAGGAGGUGAACCGAACGCUGAACGACUUCGACGCCGCGAAGAAGAAGCUGUCGAUCGAGAACAGCGACUUGCUGCGGCAACUGGAGGAAGCGGAAUCGCAAGUGAACCAACUCUCCAAGAUCAAGAUCUCGCUGACGACGCAGCUGGAGGACACGAAACGAUUGGCCGACGAAGAGUCGAAGGAACGCGCUACCCUCCUUGGCAAGUUCCGCAACCUGGAACACGACCUGGACAACAUUCGAGAACAGGUGGAAGAGGAGGCAGAGGGCAAAGCGGAUCUCCAGAGGCAACUGAGCAAGGCGAACGCCGAGGCGCAGCUGUGGCGUACCAAGUACGAGUCGGAGGGCGUGGCCCGAGCAGAGGAGCUCGAGGAAGCCAAGAGGAAGUUGCAGGCACGAUUGGCCGAGGCGGAGGAGACCAUCGAAUCGCUCAACCAAAAGGUCAUCGCCCUCGAGAAGACGAAGCAACGGUUGUCGACGGAGGUGGAGGACCUGCAGAUCGAGGUGGACCGCGCGACCGCGAUCGCCAACGCUGCCGAGAAGAAACAGAAGGCCUUCGACAAGAUCAUCGGCGAAUGGAAGCUCAAAGUGGACGACCUCGCGGCCGAACUCGACGCCAGUCAGAAGGAAUGCCGCAACUACAGCACGGAAUUGUUCAGGCUCAGAGGUGCGUACGAGGAAGGGCAGGAACAGUUGGAAGCGGUACGUCGCGAGAACAAGAAUCUCGCCGACGAGGUGAAGGACCUCUUGGACCAGAUCGGCGAAGGUGGACGCAACAUUCACGAGAUCGAGAAAGCGAGAAAGCGCCUGGAGGCUGAGAAGGACGAACUCCAAGCCGCUCUGGAGGAAGCCGAGGCCGCUCUGGAACAAGAAGAGAACAAAGUACUGCGCAGCCAAUUGGAGCUGAGUCAAGUCAGGCAGGAGAUCGACCGACGUAUCCAGGAGAAGGAAGAAGAAUUCGAGAAUACCAGAAAGAAUCACCAACGUGCUCUCGACUCUAUGCAGGCGUCGCUCGAGGCUGAGGCCAAGGGUAAAGCCGAGGCGUUACGCAUGAAGAAGAAACUGGAGGCGGACAUCAACGAGCUGGAGAUCGCGCUCGACCACGCGAACAAGGCGAACGCCGAGGCCCAGAAGAACAUCAAGAGAUACCAACAGCAACUGAAGGACGUCCAGACGGCGCUCGAGGAAGAGCAACGAGCCCGCGACGAAGCGAGGGAACUGCUUGGAAUUUCGGAACGUCGGGCGAACGCGCUUCAGAACGAACUCGAAGAGAGCCGCACGCUGCUCGAGCAGGCGGAUCGCGGACGUCGCCAAGCUGAACAGGAGUUGGCCGACUGUCACGAACAACUCAACGAACUGGGUGCCCAGAACGCUUCCAUCUCCGCUGCCAAGAGGAAACUCGAGGCCGAACUCCAAACCCUUCACUCUGAUUUGGAUGAGCUGUUGAACGAGGCAAAGAACUCCGAGGAGAAAGCAAAGAAAGCCAUGGUCGACGCGGCUAGAUUGGCCGACGAGCUCCGAGCCGAGCAAGAUCACGCUCAGACGCAGGAGAAACUUCGCAAGGCGCUCGAGACUCAGAUCAAGGAGCUGCAAGUCCGUCUGGACGAGGCCGAGGCGAAUGCCCUGAAAGGCGGCAAGAAGGCGAUUCAGAAACUCGAGCAACGCGUCCGCGAGCUGGAGAACGAACUCGACGGAGAACAGAGGAGACACGCCGAUGCCCAGAAGAACCUCCGCAAGUCUGAACGUCGCAUCAAGGAACUCAGUUUCCAGGCUGACGAGGACCGCAAGAACCACGAGCGCAUGCAAGAUCUAGUCGACAAGCUUCAACAGAAGAUCAAAACGUACAAGAGGCAGAUCGAGGAAGCCGAAGAAAUCGCUGCCCUGAAUCUCGCCAAGUUCCGCAAAGCUCAGCAAGAACUCGAGGAGGCGGAGGAAAGGGCGGACCUGGCUGAACAGGCAAUCACCAAGUUCCGUACUAAAGGACGCGGAGGAAGUGCUGCGCGCGGACUAAGCCCAGUGCCCCAACAGAAGGCCCGUAAGGCGCCCUCCGCAUUGGAGUAAAGAGUACCGCGCCGGCCCAUCCACACCGACCUACGUUCAAACCCCAAUUGGAUGGUUCCGCAUUCCCGCCACGCUUCGACCUGCAGCCCGAUGGUGAACUGUAAAAAUCAAAAUCUACGCGACUAACACACACUCGUUGCAAACACGAUCGUAACAGCUUAACGAACAAACAACGAAUUGAUCGCAAGCGGCCAAACUUUCAUCGUGUCAUCUCACUCGAAUAACUCAUCCCCAUUCGGUCUCCCUUACGCGUAGCUGCGUAAACGUAUAAACUUCACGCUGAAAAGGAAAGAAAAAAUAAAGAAAAAAAAAAAAAAAAAAAACCUAUCAAAAGUAACCAGAUUCGAUCUUUGUUACUUUCGCAUUGACACGAGAAUGUCCGCGUCUUGGUCUCUCACCUUACUAGUUUCCAAAUAAAACCAUACAAAAAAAAGAUUACACGCAGAUUUUGAAAUUUUUCUUUCAAACGUUGUGCUACACUAGGUUUCUGGUUUUGAUUCUGGUUCUGACUCCGGUUCCAGCUUUGGAUUCGAUUCUGAUUCUGAUCCUGGUUCUGGUUCUGGUUCUGGAUCUAGCUCUAUAAUUCUAUAAUAUAUAUUCCGCUAUUGAUUGGUAAAUCGGCGAUAUACGUGUAAAGAAUAGAUGCGGGGGAGAACGAUGUGUAGUCUUCACCACUCGCGCUGACGGUCGAGGAAAGUGAUUGUGAAAGAGUGAGAGUGGGAGAGUAUAAGAGAGAAUACGAGAGAAAGGAAGUGGGUGCGAGCGGUCGAAACGAAUAAUAGACGAGAGCCAGCGAGCCAACUCGAGAAAUUUCAAACAAACGUCCUACGGUUACGACAACACUGUGGCAGAAAAGAAAAGCAACGUGCAAACACACUGGCAUACGCGCGUAUUCAAGCGGACGAAUCGAUACGAAUACAACACGAAUACACAACACAAAAACUACAGAAACGGAACGCGACGAGAAGAGGCAAAAACAAAAAGGAAAAAAAAAAAAAAACAGCAGAAAUUCACACGUUGCUUGAGAGAAACUUGAGAGAACAAACGAAAACGAAAGAUAGAUUUCACAGAUUUGAACGGCAGCGCGCAUUAUUAUAUACAUGUGUCAACGAAAUGAUAAUCCUAUACUAUAAAACUUAAUUGUAAUUUAUAAAGAGAGCCGAAGUAUGUAUUUAUUAAAAUAAAUAAGCAAUAAAUAAAAUUAAGAACCAA